AUGAUUCGUGGAUCCUCGAUAAUAAAGCAAGUUUCCAAGGUUUCCAAGGUUCCCAAGGUUUUUAAUUGUCGGUUUUUAUCAACUGGUGUCAAGUACACUACAUUAUCUAAUGGUAUAACGGUUGCUAGCGAAGUUUCUGAUGAGGCUCAACACUCAACUGUGGGACUCUAUAUCGCAGGAGGCUCAAGAUCAGAGCACCCUUAUUGCAACGGAGUCUCGGCUUUAACCGCUAAUCUCUUGUCACAGCAGCACAAUGUUGGCCAAGAUGGCGUAUUGACAAGCUCACAUAACUCAAGGGAAAUCAAUGGCGUAGUUGCAGAAACCGCGAAUAAUAAUGUCCAAGUAGCUGGUAAAUUGAUUGCACAAAUUGCGUCAAAUGCAACCGAAAUUGUCUCAAAAGCUGAUUUUGGAAUCGCUAGAAAGAAGUUGAUAAAACAAGCAGAAAUUGUUGAAACCGAUCCAGAAUCAAAAGUAUUGAGCCAUUUGGCAGCUACCGCAUUCCAGGGAUACUCUUUGAGCUUACCAACUUUGGGAACAACCGAGAGCGUUGCUAAUUUGGAAGUGGAGGAUUGUUUGCGUCACUUGGAAAAACACUUGGUUAACAACAAUGUUAUCAUUGCUGCUGCCGGUAGUUUUGACCACGAGAAAUUGGUUGAUGCUAUUGAAUCCAAUUUGAAAAUUGCACAAGGCGCUAAGCCAGAAAUCAAACCAGCUUCGUUCUUGGGUUCUGAAGUUAGAAUGAGAGAUGAUACCAUGCCAAAAGCUUACAUAUCAAUCGCUGUUAACGGUGAAGGCUUGGGUUCUCCAAACUAUUACUUGGCUAAAGUCGCUGCUGCAAUUUACGGAAAUUUCAAUAUCCACUCCACAAUUGCCAAAUACACCUCACCAAAAUUAGCAUCAAUUGUUCAAGAAUACAAGAUUGUUGAAAAAUACCACCAUUUCUCAAAAUCAUGGUCAGACACUGGAUUAUGGGGAUUUUAUGCCGAAAUUCCAGAUAAAUUCACCGUUGAUGACUUUUGUCAUUUUUCAUUAAAGGAAUGGAAUAGAUUAUCUAUUUCCAUAAGCGAGCAAGAAGUUGCUAGAGCUAAAGCACAAGUUAAAGCCAAAUUGGCUUCUCAUUAUGCUUCAACUCGUCACAUUUCCAAGGAUAUUGCCAAGAAUAUUUUAACUGUUGGUUUCAAGCAUUCAUUGAAAGAGGCUUUUGAUAAGAUUGAUGCAAUUACUGUUGGUGAUGUAAAAGAGUGGGGUAAGAGCAAAGUAUGGGAUAGAGAUAUUGUUAUUUCUGGUACUGGUCGUAUCGAAGAUUUGUUGGACUACAAUAGAAAUAGAAACGAAAUGGCCAUGAUGAGAUGGUAA